ACAAGAGCCAAAGAAUCUACAACCUGCACUCAAUGUGGAAAGAGUUUCAAAUUCAAAUGUCAUCUUGAGAUUCACAUGAGAGUUCACACCGGAGAGAAGCCUUACAAGUGUUCACACUGUGAAAAGAGAUUCAGUGCGAUAGCCAAUCUAAAAAGACAUGAGAAGAUCCACACUGGAGAGAAGCCGUACAAGUGUGUUCAAUGUGGAAAGAGUUUCAAAUUCAAAUGUCAUCUUGAGAUUCACAUGAGAGUUCACACUGGAGAGAAGCCUUAUGUAUGCCAUCAAUGUGGGAAGAGUUUCAGUCAAUCAUCACAACUAACGACACACGUGAGAAUCCACACCGGAGAAAAGCUAUUCGUAUGUCAUCAGUGUGGGAAGAAAUUCAUAGCCAAAGACUAUCUUAAGCUUCACAUGAAGAUCCACACUGGAGAGAAGACGUACACAUGCCAUGACUGCGGAAGUAUAUUUCUUAGGGCAUCACACCUGAAGAAACACCUGACAGUUCAUACGAAGGAGAAACCACAUUCAUGUUCUGUGUGUGGAAAGAGUUUUUCACAGUUCUGUAGUUUACAAGAGCAUGAGAAACUUCAUAAUGGCGUGAGAGAGUACAUGUGCUUUGAGUGUGAGAAGACUUUCACUACAGGAAGCCGUUUAAAACUGCACCAGAGAAUUCACACUGGAGAAAAACCUUACAAGUGUUCACACUGUGACAAGAGAUUCAGUCUGUCAGAAAAUCUGAAAAUACAUGAGAGGAUCCACACUGGAGAAAAACCUUACAAGUGUUCAUACUGUGACAAGAGAUUCAGUCAGUUAGCAAAUCUGAAAACACAUGAGAGGAUCCACACCGGAGAAAAACCUUACAAGUGUUCACACUGUGACAAGAGAUUCAGUGCGAUAGCAAAUCUAAAAAGACAUGAGAAGAUCCACACUAGAAAGAAGCCGCACACGUGUGAUCAGUGUGAAAAGAGUUACUCUUUUAAAAGUCAACUGAAGUCACACAUGAAGAUCCAUGCAGUGGAGAAACCACAUCACCGCAGUCUGAGAUCAUGGAGAAGAUCCUCGAGAGAAAAACCUCCAUUUAAUCCGGCGUCACAAAACUUGUGUGAGUCUUUCCUGAAGAAGAGAAAUGAGAGGCGUUCAUCAGGAUCUGAGGAGAUCUGCAGUUUACACAAUGAGAGACUCAUACUCUUCUGUCUGAAGGACAAACAGCCUGUGUGUUUAGUGUGCAGAGAUUCUCAGAAACAUGACAAUCAUAAAUUCAGACCCAUCAGGGAAGUGGUUUCAUCAUAUAAGGAGGAGCUCAAUACAGCACUGGAGACCUUACAAGAGAAACUUCAACACAAUGAAGAAAUGAAAGGAGAGUUUGAGGAAACAGUUCAACACAUCAAGUCUCAAGCUGAGCACACAGAGCGUCAGAUUAAACAGCAGUUUGAGAAGCUUCAUCAGUUUCUCAGAGAUGAAGAAGAAGCUACAAUCACUGCUCUGAGGGAGGAAGAGGAGCAGAAGAAGCAGAUGAUGAAGGAGAAGCUGGAGGAGAUGAACAGACACAUCUCAGCUCUUUCACACACAAUCAAAGACAUGGAGGAGAUGAUGAAAGCCAAUGACGUCUGCUUUCUGAAGGAGUUUCCAGUCUCAAUGGAAAGAGUCCAGAGCUCACAGCCGGAUCCACAGAUGGCUUCUGGAGCUUUGAUUCAUGUGCCACGUUACUUGGGCAACCUGCCGUUCAGAGUCUGGAAGAAGAUGCAGGACAUCGUCCAAAACACUCCUGUGAUUCUUGAUCCAAAUACUGCGAAUCUACGCCUCGUCCUGUCUGAUGAUCUGACCAGUGUGAGAUACAGCAGGAACGAUCAACCUCUUCCUGAUAAUCCAGAGAGAUUCGACCGUUAUCCCUGUGUUCUGGGUUCAGAGGGGUUUAACUCAGGAACACACUGCUGGGAUAUAGAGGUUAAAGAGAGUUCAGACUGGAUUCUUGGAGUAACUACAGCAUCAAACCAGAGGAAGGGAUGUGAUUUCUUCAACACUGAUGUUUGGAGUGUGGAUUAUGAUGUGGAAGGACUGGAUGAACCAUGUGGUUUUCCUGUUAAACGUAAGCUUGAUCGUGUGAGAGUGAAUCUGGACUAUGAUGGAGGAACAGGUGUCAUUCUCUGAUCCUGUAACUAACACACAUCUACACACAUUCACAACCACCUUCACUGACACACUCUUUCCAUUCUUCAGUUGUUCUCACUCUCUGAGGAUCUUAGCGGUCAAUAGUCAGUAAACGUUACUCCUGUAAAUCUGGAUCUUCCUGCUUUCAUCAUGUUUCUGAUAUUGCUGUCAAUCUGAAUGUCAGUACGGUGGCCGUGAUGGUCACAUGACUGAUUUCCAGCACUACAGCAACACUGUAGUAGCGCCCCCUACCGUACAACAGUGAAAACAUGGAUUACAAUUCUGACAAUGGCAAGGAAAGAGUUAAGUAGAUUUGAUGCAAAUUCAUUUGCACACUACCAGUACACUACACAAAAACUCACAUUCAUUUUUAAAUAUUCAGCAUUAAAUGUUCUUUAGGGUCUUUUUGACCCCAAAUUAUGUUUGCUAAAAUAAUAAUAAUAAAAAGUUAUCUUUGUCCAAA